AACUUGAUCUUAACCGCGGCGACCAAAACAGGAGACAUAUCAAGCUGGUGAUUCUGGCACUUAAAAUUUAAGUUGAUUGUGUAACCGGUGUAAAAAUAACCCCCCUGUGUGCAGCGUGUUUCUAAAACCGACGGCGCGGGGAUUGUGUCUCGGUCCGUGCGCAGCGGCUCGCGCUCCGGUGUGGUGACUUGUCAGCGGCUCGGAGACUUUUAUGGGCUGCAGCACCGACGUCAGGACACUGCGCUUCACCGUGAAGAUGGCGGAGGCUGCCGAGGCACCACAACACCGGUUUUUCUGUCACUGCUGUAAAUGUGAGACAAACCCCAAACUCCCGGAUUUCGUUUGCCCCAGAUGUGACUCUGGCUUCAUCGAGGAGGUGGCUGAAGACUCCAGUCUCCUGCAGGACAGCGCAGCACCAGCGACCAGCGACGACUCAAACUCAUUGUUCUCAGAAUUAUGGCAGCUGCUGUUUAUGGAGCGCUCUGCCCUGCUGUCGCAUCCGCCCUCCUCCGAGUCCGACCCAGGUGACGGCGAGCAGGUAUCUGCAGGACAGAGCCGUCCUUCUUCGGCCCCGCCGGGCGCUGCCGAGGCCAGAGAACCAGAAUCUCCCGCCAACCCUGAUCAGGAGAGGUCGCCCAGGCCUGAGCAAAGGCCUGCAGUGGAAGGGAUUGUGCAGCAGUUCUUGGCCGGCCUGUUUGCCAACAACGGAAACCCCGGUGCUGCACCAGCUGCACUAUCCAGCAUGCUGCAGUUGCACUCGAACCCAGGAGACUACGCGUGGGGUCAGGGAGGUCUGGACGCUGUCAUUACGGAGCUAUUAGGACAGUUGGAGACCACAGGUCCUCCCCCUGCUAAAAAGGAGAUGAUCUCAUCCCUGCCAACAGUUUGCAUCUCUCAAGAACAGACAGAUUGCAGACUCGAGUGUCCAGUUUGCAGGGAGGAGUAUUCAUUAGGGGAGUCUGUCAGGAAGCUUCCCUGCCUCCAUCACUUCCACAGUGAAUGUAUAGUGCCGUGGCUGGAGCUGCAUGACACCUGCCCAGUGUGCCGGAAAAGCCUCGAUGGUGUCGAUAACAGCCUGCUGCCCACAUCAGAGCCCCCAGAGGCCCGGUCCAUCAGGACGGAGCAACAGGAGAGGCAGGCGAUCUGAGAAACAGGCCAACGACUCUACCUCCUCGUUCAAGCUUCUCACCUCAGGCCUUCCCCUCCACACCGACCGCUUUUAAAUAAAAACACGUCACACGUAACGUCCCAGUCACACUCUGCAAAGGACCUUUAUGUUUUCUACUCCGGCACGUUCACUGUUUCGAUGCUACACCACGCACAACAGGAUGGAGCAGUUUGCUGACGAGACGCGGAGGCGACGCGUCCUUCUCGCUGCGCUGCCCUUUUAGGUGCUUUUCUGAAUGACUGACUUUGAUGUCAUGAACUAAUCGCCGCCGAGCUGCCAGUGGUUGUCAAAAUGACGGGAGCUCACAGAGUUAUGGAGUAACACGUUCGUUAUCCUCUUGGUAAGACAGUUUCUUAAUGCAGUGUUUUGAUAACUUUUUACCAAAGCUGUUAUUAAAACUCAAACCCUGUGACCCUCA